AUGGAAAAACACCCAAAGCCUCUCUCGUUUGUUCUUACGCUCAUAGCCAUGUUUUCUCAGCCUGUUUCAUCGGUUGAUUUUGUGUUCAAUGGCUUCAACUCAACUGAUGUUUUACUCUGUGGUCAUGCCAGCAUAAAUUCCAGAAUUCUUACACUCGCAGAUGAAACAUCUUCCGUCGCUAGUCGAGCAUUUUACAGAUCGAAAAUACCGACAAAGAUUCCAGAUUCAUCUCGUGUACUUCCUUUUUCAACAUCUUUUAUCUUCUCCGCGCCCCCUUCCAAGUAUUCAUCCAACGUAGCUUUUUUCUUUACACCAAAUACAGACACCCGUGGAACAAACUCUGACCUUCAUAUCCAUUUCUCCUACCGUGUCGUAAUAUACUCUAACAACCUCGUAUCAGGAAGCUACUCCCACACUGCAGGUUAUUGGUUAACCGGUGAUUUUGGUGAUCGGAAUUUUGAGGAAUUGAAUCUUAAUAAUGGUGAGAACUAUCAACUUUGGAUUGACUAUGCAGAUUCCGUUCUUAAUGUUACUAUGGCUCCUAUAGGAAUCAGGAGGCCUAAACGUCCAUUGUUGAACGUUUCCUUCAAUUUAUCUGAUGUUUUUGAGGAUGAAAUGUAUGUUGGAUUCAUUUCACCACCAACUGGGGGUCGAAGUCCAAGGAUUUUGGCCUGGAGUUUUAGUAACUCGAAUUUCGGAUUAAGUGAAAGCUUGAUCACCGUCGGACUACCGUCAUUUAAUAUCCAUGAGGUUCCGUUUUAUAGGCAUAGAUCGUUUCCUGCAGGAGCAACAGUAGCAAUUUUAUUUGUUCUUGUUUUGGCUGCUAUGUUUUACAUGUGUUUGAUUAAGAGAGAAAGGAGAAAAGCUAGGGAGAAAGCGGCAAUGGAAGACUGGGAAUUCGAGUAUUGGCCACAUAAGAUGACAUAUCAAGAAAUCGAUGCGGCCACCAACGGACUUUCGGAUGAAAACGUGAUCGGAUUUGGAGGAAAUGGUAAGGUCUACAAGGGUGUUUUACGAGGAGGAACAGAGAUUGCUGUGAAACGCAUUUCACAUGAAAGCAACGGAAGGAGAGAGUUCUUGGCCGAGAUUUCGAGCCUCGGUCGGUUAAAACACCGGCAUCUCGUCGGUUUGAAAGGCUGGUGCAAGAAACAAGGAGCAUUCAUGUUGAUCUAUGAUUAUAUGGAAAAUGGGAGUUUGGACAAAAGGGUCUAUUAUGACUUUGAUGAGAGCAAGAUGUUGAGUUGUGAUGAUAGAAUUAGAAUCUUGAAGGAUGUUGCCUCUGCUAUAUUGUAUUUGCAUGAAGGAUGGGAAGCUAAGGUCUUACAUAGGGACAUCAAGGCAAGCAAUGUAUUGCUUGAUAAGUAUAUGAACGGAAGGUUAGGGGAUUUCGGGUUAGCCCGGAUGGACGGGCAAGGCCAAGUUGCUAACACGACGCAUAUGGUUGGAACCGUAGGUUACUUGGCCCCUGAGGUGCUUAUAGGGAGACGAACAUCGACCCGAACCGAUGUAUUCAGUUUUGGGAUCUUAAUCUUGGAGGUCAUGUGUGGGAGAAGACCAGUAGAAGAAGGGAAACCAGCUUUGGUGGAAUGGGUAUGGCAGCUGAAGAAGAAACAUGAACUACUCGCUGCAGUCGAUGCACGGUUGACAAGUAACAGAGGAUUCGACGAGGAAGAGGUGGAGAAUGUUCUGCAUUUAGGUUUGUGGUGCUCAUGUCCUAGUCCUGAUUCCAGACCAACAAUGAGACAAGUAGUUAAGGUCUUGGAAGGGAAGAAUGAGCAUUACGAACUAGAGACUCGCCCCACAAUCGACAGUAUUCAACAGUUACAUUUGUGUUCCAUGUCAUUCUCCUGGGCUAACAGCAGUGUGGAAGGUUGGGUCAAGCCUCCCACGGGAUGGUUUUGUUUAAACACCGAUGGUGCCGUUUCCUCUGUUACUGGUUCAAGCUCGAUCGGGGGAGCUAUCCGUGUCUCGUCUGGAGAUUGGCUCCCAGGUGGUGAAAAUGUUGAAUACCGUCGCUGCUGGCCAUCACCAUAUCCCGCUGGUCCGAGCGAUCAUCAGGCUUUGCUCACCUUCUUGGGUGGUUCGUUUUCAAUGGGUUUCUCGUCACCAAAACAGGGUUGCGGAUCAGUAGCCAAACUAGCCUUGAAGGAUCACUUUGAUCUUGUUCAGCAUGCCUUUCCCCCUCCGGUGGCCAGGCCCCUCCUUACUCGAGAUAUCACCCCAACUACUUUGGAUUAUGGAAACCCAGUUUAG